CCCACUUGACUUGCUUUCGCACAGGCCAAUCAACUCCAUCUCCUUCCCCUAUCAUAUCUGAGACUCUCUGAUGACGAGGUCGGUUUGAUCUAUCUCCCCCUGGAUAGCCCUACGCCCAGGUUUCGCUUGUAUUUGCCUCUCUCCUCGCAAAUUGAUCACCUCAACCCGAGUUCCAACGGCAGCUUCGCGUCUUCACAAUGUGGAUUUUACCGCUACUAGGGUACUUGGGAGUGAUAAUAGGGUUCUCAUUCCUUACUCUGGCCAUAGCAUCCGGACUAUACUACCUCUCAGAGCUCGUAGAAGAGCACACAGUGCUCACCCGCCGACUCCUCACCCGACUAAUAUACUGCAUAAUCGGCAUGCAAGUCCUCCUCCUCCUCUUCGACCACUUCCCAUUCUUCCUCUCCCUCCUCAGCAUCGGGUCGCAUCUCGUCUACGCAAGCAACCUCCGCCGCUUCCCCAUCGUCAAACUCUCCGACCCCCUCUUUAUUCUCUCCUGCGUCCUCGUCGGCCUAAACCACUGGCUGUGGUUUCGCCACUUCUCGAAACCAAUCACCACCCCGCGCCCCGGCUCGAGCUGGCGCCAGCCUUACCAGCUGAGUCCGGGCGAUAUGCCAACCUUCACCGAGGUCGCGUCGUAUUUCGGACUCUGUGUGUGGCUGGUCCCGUUUGCGCUUUUCGUGAGUCUCAGCGCGGGCGAGAAUGUCUUGCCGACUAUGGGGUCGGAGUAUGCGACUGGGGAGCAGGUGCCCACGGCGGGAUUCAGCCGCAGUGCGCUGCAGUCGGACGGGAAGAAUAAGAACAAGGGGAUGGCGAAGGCGUUGGUGGAUGGAGUGAGGGAUUGGGUGCGGGAGAAUGGAGAGCUAAUGGGAUUUUGGAAGGGAGAUCGUACAAAGGGCUUCUAACCUUUUCUUUCUUUUCUUUCUUUUCUCUUUCUCCUCUUCUAAAAAUCCUCCAUUGAUAUAUAUAUAUAUAUAUAUGUACUUGCUC